CGGAAUUGGCGCACUUUCUUGUUUACGCACUGCUUUGCAUUUCGUUUGCUGCCGAAAUUUGCAAUUUUUCCAAUAAAACCUUAAGAAAUUACUGAGCAACUAUGGACGCCUUUGAUCCACGCUCGAUUGUCAACGGCGGCAUGCUGAAGCAGUUCUCCGGCCAGACCGUGAGCAUCAUGGUGCGCGUGGAGAGCGUGGCGGGCUCCACUCUGCUGGCCAACUCCACGGACAACCACAAGCUGAAGAUCAAUCUGCCGGGCGAGCUGAGUGCCGCCGACGGAGCCUGGGUGGAGGUGAUUGGAGUGCCCCAUGGCGCCGACACCAUCAGGGCCAAGGAGGUCAUUGAAUUCGGCGGCGAGAACAUCGACUUCGACAAGGAUGGCUACAAUGGCUUGAGUCACCUGAUCAACAACGUCAAGUCCUUCUACCGCAGCGGCUAGGAGUCCAUCAUCCCACUAUAUCCACAUCUAGUGCUUAGAAUUACAUGUACCUUAAGCUAAGUUAAUCCAUUUUUUUUAGAAUGCUCGCAAAAAUCAAUGGCUGAAAUAAACCAAAACUAUUUGGCAUA